AUGAGCACUCGUCAUACCCAACUGCAACCAAUCAGGGGCAAGGAAGGGGCGGUUCUUAAAAGACAAAGCUCGAGACCUCCCAAAUCCUUUCAAAGUAAAACUAGGAAGUGGAGCAGCUGCAUUUCAAAUGGUCAGGUGGUAGCCCUCAUCAUCUUCACUCUGGGUGUAGGAACUCUGCUUCCCUGGAACUUCUUCAUCACGGCCACUCAGUACUUUAAAGAACGCCUCACGGUUCCUAACGUCACCUCUAAUGGAACGUCAGGCGGCACGACUACAGACUACAACUAUGACAGCUGGAUGGCUUUGCUUUCCCAGCUGCCCUUGCUCCUCUUCACGCUGCUCAACUCCUUCCUGUAUCAGUGGGUGAGAGAACGUGUCCGAGUCGUCGUCAGCCUCGUCACCAUCUUCUUCCUCUUCUCCCUCACGGCCGUUCUGAUCUCAGUCCCCCUGCAGCCGGACGCCUUCUUCUCCAUCACCAUGGCAACCAUCUGGUUCAUCAACAUGUGCAGUGCAGUGUUGCAGUGCAGUCUGUUUGGUGUGGUCAGUCUGUUCCCUCAUCGGUACAGUUCUCUGUUCAUGAGCGGUCAGUGUCUGUCCGGGGUCUUCGCCGCCGUCGCUCUGCUCUGCUCCAUCUUAAGUAACGCAGAUAAAAGCUCGGCUGCGUUGGGAU